CCAGCCACGGUGGACUGGAAGGCUGAGAACAAGGUGUCGCCAGUGAAGAAACAGGGGACCAAGUGCGGCAGCUGCUGGGCGCAUGCCGCCGCCGCCGCGGUGGAGAGCCAGCUGCUGAUCCAGACGGGGCAGGCCCUGGACCUGUCUGAGCAGGAGUGCGUGGACUGCGUGACCGAGAGUGACGGCUGCGGCGGCGGUCAAGCCUACCUCUGCCUCCAGUACAUCGCGUCCCAAGGCAUUGCCAGCGAGGGUUCCUAUCCCUACAAGUCGCAGAACGGGGCGUGCAACGCCGGCCCUCCACCCGUGGUGAAGAUCGCGCAGGCCCCCGGCUACACUCGCCUGCUAUCCAACAGCAGGCAGGAGCUCCUGAAGGCGCUGGCGGAGCAGCCCGUGAUCGUCAGCCUGUGGGCAGACCCCACCUUCCAAGACUUUGGUGGCGGCAUCUUCCACGGG